UUUCCAGUGGGAAUGUCAAAGUCAUCAAUAUGUCAAAAGCAGCCUUCGAUCUUCGACUGCAUCGUCAGGUAUUAUUUUGGUCGCAAUAACUUGCGGAAAAUCUAACAAUUUUGCAACUACUACCUACAAAUACGACGCUACUCUCGACGUAAAUGCCUGACUAUCAGUAAUACCAAAUAAAGCGUUUUUAAUCGUCGAAUUUCUUACUACAUUUUGCGUGUUUGCGAAUCCGUGUGCCAGGGGAAUUCGGAUAGUUUUAUGUUUUCAUCUUCACCGUGUUUUGCAUAUACCUGAAAAAUUUUUCAUCACAAAAUCAUGCCUCUGGACAGCACGGCUAGUGCGGGCAAAACGUCAAUUAUGAAACCGUCCAAACGCGCUUCGCGUCUGACCAGUCUAGUCGAAGACCUGAUACCACCGGACGAUGCACCGUUUCGAGCGCGCCUUCAUGUCCUUUUUUCGCAAAUUGAAAAGGAGUUCGAGCUUUUGUACAUCGAGAACCUGAACCUGCAAGAGAAACUCGACGCGAUCUACGCCAGGGAAAAUAUCGCUGGUGAUCGAGGUGUGAACACAGAGAUUUUGGAUGGCGACCCUGCUGUUCACAAGAGCCUGAAGGCGAAGUUGUCUGCAUCGGGGAGCAAAGUGAAAGCUAGUCAUAAGUUAAGAGCCCAGACGAGUCGAAUUGUGUCAAGUUUUAAGGCACAGUCGGUUGUUAGUUCGCUCGUACGUGAUUAUUGUGGCCAUAAAGACGGAGUGUGGCAAGUUUCGACAAAGUCAGGUCAGCCCAUAAUCGGAACAGCCUCAGCGGAUCACACGGCCUGCAUUUGGGGUAUUGAAAGUGGGCGAUGCCUGCUGCAGUACCAAGGCCAUGUUGGCUCAGUGAAUUCUAUUAAAUUUCACCCAAAUAAGGACUUGGUGUUGACCGCGAGCGGAGACGGAACGGCUCAGAUAUGGCAAGCCGCAGUUAACUGGGAUAUUUCCAUAAGGAAGGGCCACUCAUCGGAGGAGGAAUUGGAUGACAGUGAUGGGCAAAUGGAUGAACGUGAUCGAGUCGAUGUACUGCGCACACCAUUAUGCGAGUUUUCAGGUCCCGGUGGUCAUACGUCUGUGGUUGUCGCGGCAGACUGGCUACCGACUGGAGAUCAAAUAAUUACCGGGAGCUGGGAUCGUAGUGCAAUUCUCUGGGACGUGGAAACUAAGGAACCUAUCCAGCCACUCACGGGACAUGAUCACGAAUUAACACAUGUUUCAGCUCACGGCACGCAGAGAUUAGUGGUGACUGCAUCACGGGACUCGACAUUUCGUCUGUGGGACUUUCGGGAUCAUAUCCCAGCUGUUUCGGUGUUUCAAGGACAUACAGAGAGUGUUACAUCCACGGUUUUCACCAAAGACGAUAAGGUGGUAUCUGGUUCAGACGAUAGAACUGUUAAAGUAUGGGAAUUAAGGAAUAUGCGUUCGGCAUUAACAACAAUUCGAACAGACUCGGCAGUAAAUAGAUUGGCUGUCUCAGCGAGUGGUGUCAUUGCCAUACCGCACGACAAUCGUCAUAUCCGAUUAUUCGACCUAAAUGGGCAACGAGUGGCGAGGUUGCCGAGAAAUAGCCGCCAGGGUCAUCGUCGCAUGGUUUCAUCGGUAGCUUGGGCAGAUGAUAUGAAUGCUCACUGCAACCUCUUCUCAUGCGGAUUUGAUCGACGAGUCUUGGGCUGGUCCGUUUGCUUACCAAAGGAAAAUUAAAUGGAAAUUUUAGCUUUUACUGUACCCAAUAUGGUGCCGCCAGGCGAAAAUAUAAAAAAACUGUUUUAACUGUUAUAUCUAUAUGAUAGUGAUUGUUGUCUUUUUAUUAAAUUUUGUACAUAUCUUUUUAGUUGGAUAUUCAACUAAUAUUAAAAUCGAUAUAAUUGCAAUAUGUUAAUUGAAAUGGUACUAUAUGCCUUACGUCUUAGUAAGGGGAGCGUAAGGGUAAUGCAUAGUCAUGAAUAUAAAGUAUUAACAUUAAUCGUAUUAAAACUGAAACGACGAAUUCUCAGAGGUAUUUACUGACAUUUAUCAAGAAUUAAAAAGAAAUUAACAGAAGUUUUAUUUAUUACCGUCGAAAGGAGGUGAUGUUAAUUCAGUUUAAUCUUCACUUCAGUUUGAUAAAUUUGAAUACUCACAAAUCCAAUAAAGAUCUUCAACAAAAGUGGCAUUUUUAGUUUAAUAUUGUGACUAAUCAAUGAGUGGAUUAUAUUUGCUGCUUCAAGCUGCGUCUUUGUACCUCAGAAUAUGAAAUUUCACUGAAAUACUAUUUAAUCACUUGAAAACGAGAAAAGCGAAAUGUAUUACUUAAUGCUGUUUAUAGUCAAAUAUUGAAUGUUGCUAUUUGAUAACUUUAGUGUAAGGCGAGUUUAUUUAAAAGUACUCUUUAUGCUUGCAUAUGAUAGUAAACAAAGGAAUGAAAAUAGAACCGAAUAUUAUUAUCUCAAUAAAAUAGAGAAGAAAUUGUA